GGGAUAGUUUCAGCUUGUUGUGCAUCUGGCCAGCGUCAUCAUUGUCUUCAGGCUGUGAUUCAAGAAGGGAAUGAAAAUGGGUACUGGAGAGGCAAGCUUCCUGACAGAAAGUCCACACUCCCAACAUUACAGCUGCUGCGUGACUGCACAACUAGAUGGUCAUCAAUGUUCAACAUGGUUGAUCGUGUCCUGAUGCUAAACCCAGUACGUACUUGUGUCACUGCUGGGUUUCACUAUUGA